GGUGCGCUGGUUGGUGGGUCAGUUGGUCGGUGGGUCAGUGGCCUGCAGCUCGGUUCUCGGCUCUCAUAUACGGAGGUGGGAGGGACACAAGAGCGGCCCGCACACCUGAGCCGCGCGGAGAGGAGCCCCGCACCCAGUAAGAGAAGGAGGAGACUGAGCAGGCGAAAGGAGUCAUGGCUUCUGAUGCUAGUCACGCGCUGGAAGCUGCCCUGGUGCAGAUGGAUGGGAUCAUUGCAGGCACUAAAACAGGUGCAGAUAUUAGUGAUGGUACCUGUGAGCCUGGACUGGCCUCCCUGGCCUCCUACAUGAACCCCUUCCCAGUGCUUCAUCUCAUCGAGGACUUGAGGCUGGCCCUGGAGAUGCUGGAACAUCCUCAGGAGAGAGCAUCCCUCCUGAGCCAGAUCCCAGGCCCCACAGCUGCCUACAUAAAAGAAUGGUUCGAGGAGAGCUUGUCCCAGGUAAAUCACCACGGUGCUGCUAGUAAUGAAACGUACCAGGAACGCUUGGCACGCCUAGAAGGAGAUAAGGAGUCCCUCAUAUUACAGGUGAGUGUCCUCACAGACCAAGUGGAAGCCCAAGGAGAGAAAAUUCGGGACCUGGAAGUGUGUCUGGAAGGACACCAGGUGAAACUCAAUGCUGCUGAAGAGAUGCUUCAACAGGAGCUGCUGAGUCGUACAUCUCUUGAGACCCAGAAGCUCGAUCUGAUGACUGAAGUGUCUGAGCUGAAGCUCAAGCUGGUAGGCAUGGAGAAGGAGCAGAGAGAGCAGGAGGAGAAGCAGAGAAAGGCAGAGGAGUUACUGCAAGAGCUCAGGCACCUCAAAAUCAAGGUGGAAGAGUUGGAAAAUGAACGGAAUCAGUAUGAAUGGAAGCUGAAGGCCACUAAGGCUGAGGUAGCCCAGCUGCAAGAGCAGGUGGCCCUGAAGGAUGCAGAAAUCGAGCGUCUGCACAGCCAGCUCUCCCGGACUGCAGCUUUCCACAGUGACCAUGCGGAGAAAGACCAAGAAAUUCAACGUCUGAAAACGGGGAUGGAAACUUUGCUUGUUGCCAAUGAAGAUAAGGACCGUCGGAUAGAGGAACUUACGGGGCUGUUAAACCAGUACCGAAAGGUGAAGGAGAUUGUGAUGGCCACUCAAGGGCCUUCAGAAAGAACUCUGUCAAUCAAUGAGGAAGAACUGGAGGGAAGUUUCAGAAAGUGGAACACUGCAAAUAAAGGCCCUGAAGACUUACUUAAACCAGAGAUGCCUCCAGGAUGUAGCUCUCCCACGGUGGGGCCACCUCCACUACCGCAGAAAUCACUGGAAACCAGGGCUCAGAAAAAGCUCUCCUGUAGUCUAGAAGACUUGAGAAGUGAAUCUGUGGAUAAGUGUGUCGAUGGGAACCAACUCUCUCCAGUGGUAGAACCCAAGGACAGUCUUUUCCUGCCAGGGCACAAAUACCCCACAUUACCUGGGAAACUUUCAGGAACCACGCCCAAUGGAGAGGCUGCCAAAUCUACUUCCACUGCCUCCCCGUCUGACCCUGCAGGGAGCAGCCUGCUGAGGCUGGGAGUCACAGAAAGUGGUUGGGACGACACUGCUGUGACCAAUGACCUCUCAUCCACGUCAUCUGGUACUGAGUCGAGCCCCCAGUCUCCCCUGACACCAGAUGGUAAACGGAGCCCCAAAGGCAUCAAGAAGUUCUGGGGAAAAAUCCGAAGAACUCAGUCAGGAAAUUUCAACACUGAUGCACCAGGGAUGGCAGAGUUUCGACGAGGUGGGCUCCGGGCAACCGCAGGGCCAAGACUCUCUAGGACCAGAGACUCCAAGGGUCAGAAAAGUGACGCCAAUGCCCCCUUUGCCCAGUGGAGCACAGAGCGUGUGUGUACAUGGCUGGAGGACUUUGGCCUGGGUCAGUACGUGAUCUUUGCCAGGCAGUGGGUGACUUCUGGCCACACUUUACUGACAGCUACUCCUCAGGAUAUGGAAAAGGAGCUGGGAAUUAAGCACCCUCUUCACAGGAAGAAGCUGGUUUUAGCAGUGAAAGCCAUCAACACCAAGCAGGAAGAGAAGUCUGCUCUGCUAGACCACAUUUGGGUGACACGUUGGCUUGAUGAUAUUGGCUUACCCCAGUACAAAGAUCAGUUUCAUGAAUCCAGAGUUGAUGGGCGAAUGCUGCAAUACCUAACUGUGAAUGAUCUACUCUUCUUAAAAGUCACCAGCCAACUACAUCAUCUCAGCAUCAAAUGUGCCAUUCAUGUGCUGCAUGUCAACAAGUUCAACCCCCACUGCCUGCACCGGCGGCCAGCUGAUGAGAGUAACCUUUCUCCUUCAGAAGUUGUGCAGUGGUCCAACCACAGGGUGAUGGAGUGGUUGCGAUCUGUGGACCUGGCGGAGUAUGCGCCCAACCUUCGUGGGAGUGGCGUCCACGGAGGUCUCAUUAUCCUGGAGCCACGCUUCACUGGGGACACCCUGGCUAUGCUCCUCAAUAUCCCACCACAAAAGACGCUCCUCAGGCGCCACCUAACCACCAAAUUCAAUGCCCUGAUUGGUCCUGAGGCUGAACAGGAAAAGCGCGAGAAAAUGACCUCCCCAGCUUACACACCACUGACCACCACAGCCAAAGUCCGGCCAAGGAAACUAGGAUUUUCACAUUUUGGAAACAUAAGAAAAAAGAAGUUUGAUGAAUCGACGGACUACAUUUGCCCGAUGGAGCCCGGUGACAGUACUGGUGACAGUCACAGGGUCUACAGUGGCUACCGGGGCCUCAGCCCCCUCGAUGCCCCUGAACUGGAUGGGCUGGACCAGAUGGCUCCUUCAGAAGGCACUGUGACGCAGAUAGGGCUCCUCUCCCAAGACAUUCACCGCCUCACGACCAUGCUGAGCCAGGACCAGCUGCUGAAUGACUCUCGCCUGGUUGCUCCCAACUCUGAGGACUGGAGAUGACUUUCUUCAUGGCCGAGAGCCCAGACAGGCACGUGUGGGGGCCUUUACUUCAAUGGGGAGCUGGCACACAGCCACCUGCGGAGCCCAGGCUGUGGCUGGCAGGGCAUCUGGGACGUGGGUGCUGACAGGAGUGAAGCGGGGCUGUGGAACAGACGUCCAGAGGAGGCCCCAGUGUCCCUAUGUGUUUUCAGCUGUGCUGUGCUCUUCACCACAGUACCUUUUGUGUGUUCAUACGUGGACUGCAGACCACUCUUAUGGGGAGGGCAAUGAGAUGUCAGCACAGACUGAAUGCUCGUGCUGUUCCUGGUGACAGCUGCGAGGCUCUUAACACCAAAGGGAAAGGGCUAUUAGUUCAUAGAAACUCGGCUGGAAAAAGGAUCUGAGAAAAUGUUCUGAAUGUUCUGUAGUGACUGAGCUGGGUGAAAUGACACCAGGGAGCCCCUCCUGGGCUGCUUCCAUGCAGAAGCAUGGAUUUCCAAAGUUCACCAGGAACGUGGCUGGGGUGAGGGUAUUUAGGGUGAGGGCAGGGAAGGAGCAAUGAGACUCCUUUCACUGUCCUGGCUGCCCUCAGUCUACCCUCGUCUACAAAAGGUGUCUCAGGUUCUUCAGUGCUGUGAGCCUCCAGCGUCUGAGCAGAGGUGUCUCCAGCACACACACACUCAGGCCCCUCGCCCUCCACCCUAGCUAACACACGGAGCACACACAGUCGGCAAAGCCAUCCCUACAUCAGCCUCAGAUGAUCAAACAGCUCCCCCCAGUGGAAGGCCCUUGGGCAACCCAAAUCAGUAUUUCCACUGUAACUCACCAUCUUCCAGCAAGCCUGGUACCACUCGGGUGUCUCCUACCUCAGGGAGAGUCGCCCGGCCACACAGUCCCCUCUCAACCAGUCUUCCCCCUAGUGACCAGCCCCUACCUCUUCCUCCCUGUGAAGGCUCUAGCCCAGGCCUCGUCUCUCAUCUGAUGUCCACAGCUGGUCCCCUCCAGACAUUCUCCACCC